AUGAAUGCUUUUAUAACAAUCGGUGGCAAAGGAUCUUUUGGCCAUAAAUCAAUUGCUCCGGGAACUAAGGAUUGUUUUAUGAAAGAAAAUAUGCAACCUGGUGGAUAUGGAGGCGGCGGAAGUUCAUCUAGCUAUCCAUAUGGAACAGGGAGCGGAGGUGGCCAAACCGCUGUCAAAUUUCUUGAAAAUGAUCUCUGGCAUCGUGUUUUAGUGAGCGGUGCCGGUGGAGGGUGUGAUGAUUACGAUCCAGAUGAUGGAAGCGGGGGUGCAGGAGGAAAUCUAACUGCACAAGGAUGGUUCUAUAACGGUAAUUAUAUUAGCACGCACUUGGCAAAUUCCACAUUUGGAUUUUCAUUUGGCCAAGGAGAAGCCGCAAGAUUUGGAUCAGCUCCACCAAAUAAUUCUCGAUCGAUUAAGAGUAGUACAAAUGGCGAUAUAGCUCGAGGUGGAGGAGGUUGGUUUGGCGGUUUUUCUGCCAUGAGCGGUUAUGCGGGUGCAGGUGGAGGUUCUUCAUUUGCAUUGACAAAAGAUGCAAUUAUCCCUCAAGGAAAUAUUACUGCAGCAGACAAAUUUUAUAAUUUAUUUGAUUCCAAACCAUAUGCAUUUGAUUUGAAUAGUGAAUAUCUUUUCACUGAUGUCAUUCAUAUGCCUGGUAUUUGGGAAGGCAACGGACGACUUAUUAUUACAAUUCUUGAUACAAAAUUAUUUUUGUCAUGUCAUUUCAAAUCUCAAAUCUACUUCAAUCCAUCAUUAAUAUUUGGAUUGAUUGAAUCAUAA